AUGGACAGCCUCACGGCAGCUAUCCUCAUCGUCUCUACGACAGCAGCUCAAGACCCGUCAACCGAUGCAUCGGCGUCCGUGCUACGCAAUGUGAUUGCGGAAGAUGGCGGCGAUAAGUGGAAGGUGACGGGAGAGAGCAUAGUAUCAGACGACGUACUUGCUAUCCAGAGACAGAUUAUCCAGUGGACAGAUGGGCCGGACGCACCGAAUCUGGUCAUCACAACAGGUGGAACGGGCUUUGCUGUCGCUGACGGAACACCAGAGGCUAUUGCUCCUUUGCUUCAUAAACAGGCUCCUGGGCUAGUACACGCUAUGCUGUCGACCUCUCUGGCCGUCACGCCAUUUGCCAUGAUGUCCAGACCAACAGCCGGCGUGAGAAACAAGACAGUCAUCGUAACCCUCCCCGGUUCUCCAAAAGGCGCCAAAGAGAACCUCCAAGCAAUCAUCAAGACCCUCCCGCACGCCUGUUUACAAGCUUCUGGCGCCAAUUCACGAGCCCUCCAUGCAGGCGGCGUGAGGAAACUCGAAUCAGACGCAGGAAUCAGCAGCUCAAAGAGUCAGCAAACUCACACUCACGGCCAUCAUCACCAUCACCACCACGGACAUGGUCACGGUCACGGCCACGGCAACCUCGUCAGACACACCAAUCCCAAUGCCAAAGCACUAUCCAACGAUCCAACUCUUGGCCCGACCCGUCGCCACCGUGAAUCCCCCUACCCCAUGCUCACGGUAGAAGACGCCCUCGCCUUAAUCUCAGAACACACUCCCAAGCCAGAGAUCCAAUCCCUCCCCGUAAACGAGAAGAUUAUCGGCUCCGUCCUCGCAGAAGACAUCCGUGCACGCGAAAACGUACCAGCCUUCCGCGCCAGCAUCGUAGACGGAUACGCAGUCGUUGUCCCCAAAGACGGCAACAUGAAGGGCACGUUUCCCGUAACAGCUGUAUCGCAUGCCGCCCCCGGAGAAAUCCAGGCGCUCAAGGAAGGAGAAAUCGCACGCAUCACCACCGGAGCACCACUCCCUCCAGGCGCGACAUCCGUCAUCAUGGUCGAGGAUACGAUUCUAAAGACGAUGACCGAAGACGGCAAGGAGGAAAAAGAAGUUGAGAUUCAAGCUGAAGGUGUAAAAGAGGGCGAAAAUAUCCGCGAAGUAGGAAGCGACGUCUCCGAAGGGGCUGUAAUUCUUAACAAAGGCGAACAGAUUUCCGGUGUGGGCGGUGAAAUCGGUCUUCUCGCAUCAGUAGGAGUCGCCACCGCAAAUGUCUACAAGACGCCCGUAAUUGGAAUCCUAUCCACGGGCGAUGAAAUCAUUGAACCCAACAGAGCUGGUCCCCUGCGCCUAGGCGAAGUCCGGGACACGAACAGGAUUACACUCAUUUCCGCCGCCAAAGAAUGGGGCUUUCAAGUCGUAGACUUGGGCAUUGCGAAAGAUAAGCCCGGCUCACUGGAAGAAACGCUGCGGAGUGGUCUGCGGCAAGCAGAUGUGCUCAUCACAACGGGCGGUGUCUCCAUGGGCGAACUGGAUCUGUUGAAGCCGACGAUUGAGCGAUCCCUAGGUGGAACGAUUCACUUUGGCCGUGUGGCGAUGAAGCCCGGCAAGCCUACAACAUUUGCUACCGUUCCCGUCAAGGAUAACAAUGGACAGCGCGUGUCAAAGGUUAUUUUCUCACUUCCUGGGAAUCCAGCGUCUGCCUUGGUCACCUUCCACCUGUUCGUGUUGCCGUCGCUGCGUAAGCAGGCUGGUGUGUCGCCGGUUGGAUUGCCCAAGGUGCCUGUUGUGCUAGGACAUGAAUUCGCCAUGGAUCCGAGGCCGGAAUAUCACCGUGCUGUGGUGACGGUGGGUAGGGACGGGUUGUUGCUGGCUAAUAGUACGGGCGGGCAGAGGAGUUCCAAGGUUGGGAGCUUGAGGGCGGCGAAUGCGCUGGUUUGCAUGCCGCCUGGGAAGGGCAAGUUGGAGAAGGGGUCCAAGGUUGAUGCUUUGCUGAUAAGUGCGGUGCGGAUGGCUUAA